AUGUCCACCUUCGACCAGGACAAGUCGUAUCAGGCACAGGAACCGGAAGGCACUUCAUUUUUCGACGAUGGAAGAGAGAUUGAGUUGCUGCAUUUUGUGUACAGUCAUCCGAAAUUGUCUGAGAUCCGCGGGUCCCCUGAGAAAGUCAUUGGAGCCAUUGAUGAGUUUGGGCGUACCAAAAAGUAUUUGAUGAACGUUGGACACCACAAGGGCCAGCUGGUGACCGAAUUGAUCCAGCAACACAAGCCAAAGGUUAUGGUGGAGCUGGGGGGUACAUAG